AAAAGUCCACAACAUCAACGUGUGGGAAAAUGUCGUUGAUCUAGGAAGAUAAGUAACAUUUUUUACUAAAGAAAUGUAUCUUCCAUCGAGUGUAUUUGCCUUCGAGCGGCACAAGAUGGCUGGCAAUAGCAAAAGAAAGAGCAAAGCUUUGGGCAGCGAGGAUGAUGAAAGUGAGACUGACGAAGGUCUACUAUGGGAUGACAUGACAGUGAAUGCCACAGAUAGUCCUAUCCAUAGUUCCUUUGUUCCAUCAUCAGGAGCACCUUUCUCUGCUCUAACACCAAGUAUUUGGCCACAAGAUAUUUUGGCAAGAAUACAGCAGACUGAGGAUGCUGGUGUAAGCCCUGGGGGAGAAUAUGAUGAAUUUGGUUUUACAGUUGAAUCAAGUGAAAAUGCUCCAUUGGAGUCAAAUCAUUUUGCUACGGAUGAAAAUCCAAAUCACAAACUUAAAUGGCAGGCUCAUCUUGAGUUUACUCAAAACCAGGAUCUUGGUGAACUCACCUGGGAUAAGGUGUCUCCAAUCUUUGCAAGAAGCGAGAAAUUAAGAGAACUUGUUCAUGCUGGUAUCCCACAUAGCAUGCGACCACCCAUUUGGAUGAGGAUAUCUGGAGCACUACAUAAGAAACAAUCCAUGGACUUCACAUACAAGCAAAUUGUCAAAGCCAGCGGAAGUGAUUGUUCAGCCACUCUCGCUAAACAGAUUGAAAAGGAUUUGUUGAGAACGCUGCCAAGCAAUGCAUGUUUCUCAACUUUGACCAGCACAGGAACAAGACGGCUCAGAAGGAUAUUGAAGGGUCUCUCGUGGCUUUAUCCUGAUGUUGGCUAUUGUCAGGGAAUGGGCAUGAUUGUAGCGAAUUUAUUACUGUUUAUUGAAGAAGAAGACACAUUUUGGUUAAUGUGUACGAUCAUCGAAGAUCUUGUUCCCCCUUCAUAUUAUUCAAGUACAUUAAUUGGAGUUCAGGCUGAUCAAAGAGUAUUAAGACAACUCAUAGUCAGUUAUCUACCAAAACUGGAUGAAUCGUUAAAAGAACAUGACAUAGAACUAUCGCUUAUAACGCUACAUUGGUUUAUUACAUUGUUUGCGAGUGUCGUGGAAAUGAAGGUUCUCUUGAGGAUUUGGGAUCAGUUUUUCUACGAAGGCUCCGUCGUACUCUUUCGUAUAACACUCGGAAUGGUGAAAAUGAAGGAAGACUACAUUAUUUCACAAGAAAAUUCAGCACAAAUAUUCAACGCACUGUCUGAUAUUCCGGGGGAGAUCACCGAUACAAAUGAACUAUUUCAGAUGGCAGCGAAGGCUUCUGGUUCCCUGACCGAUGUUAUACUGGAGGCACAUCGUAAGAAACAUUUGGCGUUCUUAAUGGCAGACUUGGGCACAUUAACUGGACUUGAUGGUUCUCGUUCGGGGGAUAAAAGUAAAAUACAUCGCAGACACAUUGUUCGAAUGGAAAGUUCAUCCUGGUUGGGGUAUCUUAUGGGCAAACAAGAGUUAGCUUUGGCCAAAGCAAAAAACAUUCGACAAACAGAAAUUUUGGCAGAUCUUAGAGAAGCAAUUUCACAGAUUACGCGUCAUUUUGAUGCAUUUGAUGCUAGAAAGGGUCUGCAGGUUGAUUAUUCCGUCGAAAGUCAUGCUCAUGAUUAUGAAAAUUUUGUAAACGUUGCAAAAAAUCGUCGACGUCGAGCAAAGGCGUUGUUGGACUUUGAGCGUCAUGAUGACGACGAGUUAGGAUUCAGAAAGAAUGACAUCAUCACUAUCAUUUCUCAAAAAGAUGAACAUUGUUGGGUUGGUGAGUUAAAUGGUUUACGUGGUUGGUUUCCUGCAAAGUUUGUUGAAAUUCUCGACGAGCGUAGCAAAGAAUAUUCUAGCGCCGGUGAUGAUUCUGUUUCCGAAACCGUGACUGACCUGGUUCGUGGUAGUCUUUGUCCGGCUUUGAAAAAUAUUUUUGAACACGGAAUGAAACGACAAUCGUUUCUUGGCGGUUCUUAUCAUCCUUGGUUAUUCAUUGAAGAGGCAAGUGCUCAUCAAGUGGAAAAAGAUUUCCAGUCUGUUUACUCGCGCUUAGUUUUAUGUAAGACAUUCCGACUUGAUGAAGAUGGUAAAGUUCUUUCUCCUGAGGAAAUUUUGUACAGAGCUGUUCAAUCAAUUAAUAUGACUCACGAUAGCGCUAAAACUCAAAUGGAUGUGAAGCUGAGAUCGUUGAUUUGUUAUGGAUUAAAUGAACAAUGUCUUCAUUUAUGGUUUGAAUCCUUGUGUUCAUCAGAGUCAAUUGUUGGCAGAUGGUAUUAUCCAUGGUCCUUUAUACGAAGUCCUGGAUGGGUGCAAAUAAAAUGUGAAUUAAGAGUAUUGGCAUUGUUCGCGUUCAGUCUGAACAUUGACUGGGAAAUUUUGGAUCAAAAAGGCGAUGCCAGCGUGAGUAAACCUUUGAAGGACAGCGUUCAAGAUAUGCUUGUAAAACAUCAUCUAUUCAGUUGGGAUUUAUAGCUCAGCGUAUAAUGUCCCGUAUAUUAUGCAUUCACCAUACAUGUAAUUUAUUGAUGAGUGUAAUUAAUUAAUUCGCCGUGCUGCCUUUCGAACAAUAGUAAAGAAAAGAUAGCAUAAUAGAUUGAAAUUAUAAUAUAAUGUCAACAUUUA